UCCACCAGCUGAGUCUACACAAUCAUUUUACAAUGAAGUUCUUUCUAGGCCUGCUAUUUUUGGCCACGUCAGUGGUAGGCCAAUUCGCCAACAAAUACUAUCAACUUCUGCUCAAGGAACAUGCGAAUGAGAAUAUAGCAACAUCGCCUCUUGCCCUCGAGGUCGCCUUGAACAUGAUUUACAUGGGAUCCAAGGAUAAAACGGCCACGGAACUGAAAGAAGUUCUAAAGGUGACAGAGAAUACUAAAAUUGUGUCUGGCAAGUAUGACGCAUUUUUCCAGGUCCUUAAGACGCGGGAAACAACCAGUGCUCUCGAUAUUGCCAAUAGCAUUUAUGUGAGUGACAAAAUCCAUAUAGUUCCCGAGUAUAGCAAGGCAGUCGAAGAGUCCUUUCACGCCCAAGCUGUACCCAUUAAUGUGGCGAGUCCAGACAAGGCUGCAUCUGUGGUUAAUGCGUGGGUCAAGAAAAAGACGCAUGACAGGAUCCCUAACGCCGUUACGGCCAAGGAUAUUGAUCCGAGUCUUAAAAUCUUACUACUGAAUGCUUUUGCCUUCAAAGGCGAAUGGGUAUUCAAGUUCCCUUCGUUUAAAACCAGAGUGGAAAAGUUUCAUUCGUCCUCUGGCAAGGCUCAAUCCAUUAAGAUGAUGUCGCAAUACGGUUUCUACAAGGCAGGCGAACUUCCCGCCUUGGAUGCCAAGGUUUUGCAACUACGCUACCACAAAUCGAGCCUCUCCAUGUUCGUCUUCCUGCCCAACAAAGCCGAUGGCCUCACUAAGUUGGAGGAGAAAAUUGGUGAAGCUUCCUACCAAAAUCUGACCAGCAGACAGGUCCACAUAAAGCUGCCAAAGUUCAAGAUUGAGUUCAAAUCCGAACUUAAUGGCAUUCUCAAAAAGUUGGGCAUCGUUGAGGUUUUCGGUGCUGCUGCCAAUUUGGAAGAUCUUGUGCAAGAAAAAAGUACGGAAAUCAGUAAAGUCAUCCAGAAGGGCGUCGUUGAGAUCAGUGAGCAGGGUUCCGGAUUUGCUUCCAUCCUAGGGAUUCGUGAAUCUUUAAUAUCGAACAAGCGCCUACCCGAUGCUAUGGUCUUCAAAGCCACUCAUCCCUUUGCCUACAUCAUUCGCGAUGAGAGAUCCAUUUACUUCCAAGGACACUUUGUCACUGUGGAUUGAGUGUAAAAUCUAAAGAAAUUCUGAUUUCUUCAAUUGUAAUCAGAAAAUGUAUAAAUAUAUUGAAUUGAUAAAAAAAGUCCCUCGUUAGUCACCGAAA